CGUUUGUUCACACGCCUCUCCGUUUGUCUCUUGAACAGCAUGCCUUCGACACCACGACGCAGCAGCGUAGGAACCUCUAGACGUGAUAAGCCUCACGUACCCUACCGUGGCGACAACCCGGAAGUUGGGAAGAAGACAGGUGUUACAGUGAAACGAGUGACUACUCGCGGCGACGGGUUCGAGCCAUUCGAGCAGCUUUUGCAGCAAGCUGACCAGCGAACGCCACCGGCAAAGAAGAGGGGCAAAAAGCGACGGGAUUCUGAACUGGAAGAGGACAUCGUGGAUGAGGAUGGUGAACAGGAUAUGGAUCUGGAUGAUAGUCCUAUUCAUUACAUUUCCAACUCUCGAAAGCCUGCUACACCUUCGUCUUCAAGACGCAUUGGCUCUUCUUCACGUCCGGUUGUCAGAGUAUCUGACGUGGACUUUGAUGAAGUCCCGUCACCUCGCAAUCAGUCCAGUCGAUCCAACGGCCGGGGACGAUCUCGACUAUCAGAAACGGUUACUGCUCAUGAUCUAAUGGAUGAAGAACCUGAACAUCAAAACAGUGGCACGGUGUCCAACGGGGACUAUGACAAUUUUAGCCAAGAUGAUGCCCUCUCGCCACGACAAACUAGUUUCAUGGAGAUGGACCGUGACGAUGGCGAUGAACAGCAGGGUGACGACCUUCCUGUUCUCACUUCAGCGAAGAAACCUAAGAAGGGUAAACAACGGGUCACUUUGGAAGAGCCAGAAGAAGACGUUGAGGCCGGUAUUGCUCACGAACUAGAACGGCUGGAUCGGGAGCCUCAAUCGGACAAUGAUGAAGAUAAUGAGCCUUCCCAGGAACAGGUACGGGUGGAGAAGGCCAAGACAAAGAAGAAGGCGCUUAGCACCAGCAGUCGCCGACUGAAAGAGAACCGUAGUGUGUCACCUGAAGGCGUGCGACGAAGCCAGAGGAGGCCAUGUAAGCCUCUGCAGUGGUGGCGUUUAGAGAAGCGAGUGUAUGGACGCAUAACUGAAGGGCGUAUUCUUGUUCCUGAAGUCAGGGAAAUUCGACGGUUAGCUCCAGAGCCUAUCGAACCUCUCGGCUCCAAGAAAAGAAAGCGAUCUACUCGAAGCAAGAGUAAAGCACCUGUGGAGUAUCCUGAUCCUAAUCCCGAGAAAGGUUGGGACGAUGAGACUAACACGCACUGUGAAGUACUUACAUAUCCUGACGGUCAACCCCGCCUGCGGCGUAUUGCAUGUACGGCGCGAAUGGUGAAUGUCCAACAAGCUGGAAACAGCAACUGGUUCUUUGAGAAGAUCUUCGGCGAUGGGAAUUUCAUGGCUGCUGGGCAGAUGCUCAUUCCACCGCGAAGUCGAAAGGAUUCUAAACGUUCAAAGGAUAACACUUAUAUAUUUUAUGUCAUGGAAGGUGCUAUUAAUCUUAGGAUUAACGAAACUAGCAUGAUCCUCUGUACUGGUGCCAUGUUCAUGGUUCCUCGAGGCAAUACAUACUUCAUCGAAAAUAUCUCCGAGCGGGACGCCAAACUGUUCUUCAGCCAGGCGCGUGAAGACACCUCGUUUGAGACACCCCGUAUCUCGGCAAGUGGAAGGUCGUCGAGUGCUGGAGCCCGAGGUGGGGGAACGUUGAGUGCUGAGAACUCUGCUCCGAAAAGGGCUGCUUCGUCGAAGAUUUGAACGUUUAACUGAGGGACGUUAUUAUAUGACUCUUUCAUUUGGAUUGUAUUCAUAUCACGUAUCACACCACGUAUUAUUAUUAUACCUCACUUCUGCGUCCUGGUCCGUAUGACAGCUAUGUUUAAAUCCAUCGUGUUGUAUUUUUAUUCGUAGGCAUUUGGGUUCCUUG